CUCAUCAAUAGAGAUCUUAAUCACACCAAUCAGUACAUUGUUGGACUUGCUCUUUGUGCUUUGGGGAAUAUUUGUUCUGCAGAAAUGGCCCGCGACCUUGCUCCAGAAGUUGAACGGCUUCUGCAAUUUAGAGAUCCAAACAUCCGAAAGAAAGCAGCAUUAUGCACUAUCAGGAUUAUCAGGAAAGUGCCAGAUCUGGCAGAAAAUUUUAUAAAUUCUGCCGCUUCUUUGCUGAAGGAAAAGCACCAUGGAGUUCUCCUUACAGGAGUGCAGCUUUGCACAGAUUUAUGCAAAGUCAGUUCAGAGGCACUGGAAUAUUUCAGAAAGAAAUGCACAGAGGGUGUGGUGAAAGUGUUGAAGGAUUUGGCGAAUAGUCCAUAUGCUCCAGAAUAUGACAUUGCGGGGAUUACUGACCCUUUUCUUCACGUAAGAUUGCUCAGGUUUUUAUGUGUACUUGGACAGGGAGAUGUUGACACUAGUGAUUGCAUGAAUGAUAUUCUUGCUCAGGUGGCAACCAAAACUGAGUCAAACAAGAAUGCCGGGAAUGCUAUCCUCUACCAGUGUGUUGCUGCCAUUAUGAGUAUUGAAGAUAAUGGUGGCUUGAGGGUCCUUGCGAUCAAUAUACUGGGCAGGUUUUUGUCCAAUCGGGACAACAAUAUCAGAUAUGUUGCUUUAAACAUGCUGAUGAGAGCUAUUACAGUAGAUAGUCAAGCAGUACAGAGGCACAGAGCCACUAUCUUGGAGUGUGUUAAGGAUUCAGAUGCCUCAAUCCGUAAAAGGGCCCUUGAACUUGUGUAUCUUUUGGUAAAUGAAAGCAAUGUGAAGCCUUUGACCAAGGAACUAAUUGAUUAUUUGGAAGUAAGUGAACCAGAGUUCAGAGGAGAUCUUACUGCCAAAAUUUGCUCGAUUGUGGAGAAGUUUUCCCCAGAGAAAAUUUGGUACAUUGAUCAGAUGCUCAAGGUUCUUUCAGAGGCUGGAAAUUAUGUCAAAGAUGAAGUAUGGCAUGCUCUUAUUGUCGUUAUUACAAAUGCUUCUAAUCUUCACGGAUAUGCUGUAAGGUCUUUGUACAGAUUAGUCCAAACAGCAGGUGAUCAGGAAAUUCUCGUUCGAGUUGCAGUUUGGUGCAUAGGAGAAUAUGGUGAUAUGUUGGUCAAUAACACUGGAUUCCUUGAUAUGGAGGAGCCAAUAACCGUAACGGAGUCGGAUGCUGUGGAUGUUGUAGAGACAGCUAUCAAACGGCAUUCUUCAGAUCUCACUAGUCGGGCAAUGUGUCUCGUUGCUUUGUUGAAGCUGUCAAGUCGUUUUCCAUCUUGUUCAGUGAGGAUAAACGAUGUUAUUGUUCAGUAUAAAGGAAGCUUGGUGCUUGAACUACAACAGAGAGCCCUUGAGUUUAGUGCGAUUGUUGAUAAACAUCGGAAUAUUAGGUCUACACUGGUCGAAAGGAUGCCAGUCCUUGAUGAGGCCACAUAUAGUGGAAGGAGGGCUGGUUCAGUGCCAGCAGUUGUUUCAACUUCACAAGGCGCUCCUAUUAAUCUUCCUAAUGGAGUUGCCAAAACGACAUCCGCACCACUGGUUGAUUUGCUGGAUCUUAGUUCAGAUGACGUACCAGUACCUAGCUCUUCUGGUGGAGAUUUUCUUCAGGAUCUUCUUGGUGUUGAUUUGUCACCAUCUUUGUCACAAACAGACACAAAUCAGGCGCAGAAAAGAGGCACUGAUGUCCUGCUGGAUCUUCUAUCAAUUGGGACACCUCCUGCUCAAAGUAACUCUUCUAUUCCUGAGAUGGUUUCCCCUAGUGAUGACAGCAAAAGUGCUAUAAAUGUCUUGGAGCAAUUGUCCUCACCUUCUGCGCCAGCUGGAGGUGUAUCCACCCCUCCUGGAAGUUCUCCUAUGAUGGAUUUGUUGGAUGGUUUCGCUCCAAAACCUGAAAACAAUGUUCCAGCUUAUCCUUCAAUUGUUGCAUUUGAGAGCAGCACCUUGCAAGUGACAUUUAACUUUUCCAAGCAGCCCGGAAACCAGCAGACGACAAUUAUUGAAGCUAACUUUUCAAAUAAGACAUUUGAUGCUUAUACGGACUUUAUCUUCCAGGCUGCAGUGCCAAAGUUUCUUCAAUUACAUUUGGAUCCAGCCAGCAGUGAUACACUUCCUGCAAGUGGUAAUGGAUCAAUCUCCCAAAAAUUGCGAAUUACGAACAGCCAACAUGGCAAGAAAUCCCUUGUUAUGCGCAUACGGAUAGGGUAUAAGUCGAACAACAAAGAUAUGUUGGAGGAAGGGCAAAUUAACAACUUUCCUCGUGGCUUGUGAAGUUCCAAGGGCGCUCAAAGGAAUUGUUUUGAUGUAUUAUGAGAUGAGAAAUAGAAUAGUUUGAGCUUCUGCUCGUAUGUAUGUAGUUUCCGGUGGUCAUCAAAUCCUGGGCGAUCUGGCUUUCAGCAGCGUGUUACUUCUGACUGGAUGAAUGAAUCAGGUAUAUCAGAUGCAUGGGGGAUUGUGUCUUCGCCCCCUUUUUUUUUCUUGUACAUUUAGGAUGGGACAGUCGCAUACGGCAUUGUGGAAACCAAAUUUUGCCUACGAGCGAGGCACAUAUAGAAAGCUCCUCUCCUCUCGAGUCCACCAAAAUUCUUGUUCUUCUUCUUCUCGUG